AACCAUUGAUUAUAGAAAAAGCUCAACUUAGAUGUAUAAGCAUUUAGCCAUAAGCUCGAAGGGUUGAUUAUUACCCAUAAAAUUACAACACGCUAUGGGGCAAGUACUUAUAUGAUGGCCAAUGACAAAAGGUUGGUCACUUUUAUCGACAGUGAAUACUUGCGGUUUGCCUAGAUCAACAGAAUGGUCGUUGGCGGGCCCAGGUUAGCUGGAUGGAUAAGCCUAGUUGGAUCCAGUUGUGGGAGGCUAACAUUCCUCCGAAGUUGAAGGUAUUUGUCUGGCAAAUCUUUAAUAGAAUUCUGCCAACGACUGAAGCGCUUAUUGAGCGAAAGGUUGUGGUUCCUCCUCAUUGCCCUAUUUGUUGGGCUGCUUCGGAGACAAUGGAACAUCUGUUCCUUGACUGUCCUGUGGCCAGGGCGCUUUGGGCUCAGUUUGGAUUAGAUUAUCUUGGCGAAGGCUUGCCUCGACAUACGUUCCCUCUCUUCCUGAAAAAGUUGUUGUCUAUUAUACAUCAACCUUCACAAUUCAUGGCGGUGGUUGCUGUCCUUUGGAGGAUAUGGAGAUCUCGGAACUGGUUUGUCUUUGAAGGUAAACAGUUCGAGAUUCCCGCCUUAAUGAGGCAGUAUAACCAGCAGGUUGGGGAAUGGCUCAGCUUACCAAGUGAUCCUGAACCCCUCUCACUGUCUACUCGUAUGACCCCUUCGGUGUAGUUGGGUGGGUCUGGGGGGCCUGUGUGUCGAUGGGAUGGGGCAGUUCCCAGGGGGUCUCACUCCGCAGGGGGGAUGGUUAUCCUAAAUGAGGCGAGGGAGAUCCUCUAGGCUGCUGGGGUCCAGUUCCCUUUGAUUGAUGAUCCAAUGGUGUUUGGAGCAGGGCUUUUCGGUAAUGCAAUUUGAAGGUGACGCCAAGGUGAUCAUUGAUAAAGUCCGUUGAGCCGAUGUGCGGGAUAGUCGUGUGGGGACUAUUUUGGAGGAGAUUGUGCAGAUUUUUGCGUUGAAUUCGGGUUUCAGGGUGCGAUUUGUAGGUCAGGGUAGAUCAUUUGGUAGCUAGACAUACCCUGUCUUUGUUCUCGUCUACGUGUCGCUAUUUUGAUUUUCAGACCUGGCUGAAUUCCAGGUUGUAACUAUCUAUUCAUUCCAACCAAUAUACGAUUAUCUUUUGU